AUGGCCGAAGUCACCACCAAAAAUGGCGCUGUCGCCAUCAUAAUCGCCGUCUUCAUCAGCAUAGCCUUCUACAACGUCCUCGAACUCAACGCCUACAUCUUCAGCAGCUUCAAGAAACGAAGCGGUUUAUACUUUUGGAGUUUCGUCAUUGCAACAUGGGGCAUUGCGUUCAAUGGCACGGGAUACCUCAUCCUGCAUCUCUCCCUGUCUGAGGCUCGGUACCUGUACUCUACACUUAUCCUCAUCGGAUGGUGUACCAUGAUUACGGGACAGUCUGUUGUGCUGUACUCGAGAUUACAUAUUGUUAUGCAUAAUCAGCGACGGUUGAGGAUGGUCUUGAUUAUGAUCAUUGUUAAUGCUGUUUGGUUGCAUGUUCCUGUUAUUAUCCUGGUUUACGGGAUUGGGUCUUCCAAUCCGACACCUUUUCAGAAACCUUAUGAGGUCUUUGAGAAGAUUCAGCUCAGUAUUUUCUUUGUUCAAGAGCUUAUCAUCUCGGGCUUUUACGUCUGGGAGACUACCAAGCGUUUACGUCUGGAGAAGAGUAUCGGCAACACCAAGACAAAGAUGGUGCUCAACCAUUUGAUCAUCGUCAACGUCCUCGUUAUCCUCCUCGACGUCUCUAUUCUCGCUCUCGAAUUCGCAAACCUGUUCGACAUCCAAACUGCCUGGAAGCCAUUGGUCUACAGCGUCAAGCUCAAGCUCGAAUUCAGUAUCCUCAAUCGUCUCGUCGAACUUACACGAGGCCGAAACGAGAGUUCUUACGGACGGAGUCAUGGCGCGACGCAGCAUGCUGAUGACAUUGGUCUGGAGACCAUGAAUCGGAAUGGAAAGAAGCAGUUCACGGGUGCUCAAGGCACUAUAACGGGCGACUACGAAGUUCGUGUCGGGAAGGGUGAUGAUAGUCAUCGCGUGUAUGGCAAUGAGACGGAUUUGAUCAAAACGACCGAAAUUACAGUUCAUAGCGAAAGAUAUCCUGAUCAUGGGAGAGGGAGCGAGGAGGGUGGGUCACCUCAGGGCAUACAGCAUCUGCCGAGGGGUAGUGCGUCUUCUGCGUCUUCGGAGGUUCAAUUUGCGAAAUAUGGUACUUGA